UGUACAUUUUGUAAUAAUCGCAUUCAAUGGAAAGCUGGUUUAGAUGCUAACUGGCUUUCAGAUCGCUGCCUGCCAUGGCGUCAGAACGUGCUAAGCAGCAGAGCGGAGCUGGGGGAAGGAAUGAGUCUGGCUUUGACUCUGGCCCAAGAAUCACAGGUGCGUGCCUACAUCGGGGCCUUCGCUCCUGACUUCAAUGAGAAAGCGGACCUCACCGCCCUGCGGUUCAUGUCAGUGAAUUCCAUCGUGGACCCCUGGGUGUUCAUCAUCUUCCGCACCUCCUCCUUCCGUAUGUUUUUCCACCGACUUUGCAGGAGACUAAACUAUAAGAAAGCUGCCCGGCCUCCGAUUCUGUGCCCCGGGCAUGGAGCCUGCCAGGCAGCAAGCAGCCGCUCACUUUCUGGGAUGACUUGAAAGGGAUAUGGCAUUGCUCCUUGUUCACACUGGCCUACAGUCAGCACCGACCGUGACCAUGGGCGCGACUGGGAGGAAUGGAUCGUGUGCACAAAGCAUCAGAUGUGUGAACGUGUGUCCUGGGGAAGGGAAAGCACCUGCGUUCUCGCUGUGUACAUGUUCGACAGACCUGAAGCUUCUCCCCCCGGCUGCAGCUCGCACUCCCUGUCCCAGGUUGGAGCUAAAAUCUGGGGCCGUGGUAGUAACGAUGAAUGUCUUGACAUGGCUGCACUUAGCCUCCCGGAGCAUCUGGACUGUGCAAAUAAGGCAUUUGCUGCCUAAUGCGGUGAAUGUCUCUAACUCUGGUCUGCGGAUCUUAUUCUCCAGUGAGGUCCCACACCCAGAACUACAAGUUGCUCUGCACGGAGGAGCCCAUCGACUUGCAGGGCUGCAUGGGGUGUGCGUCUCUCACAUGCCCCCACCUGCCCCCAUCAAUGGGCAAGUCAGUCUUUAAAUUAAAAUAAACAAAAGC